UUCUCUCUGUUAUAAAUGCCUACACUCUAAACUCUUUGAAGUAUUUAUAACUUCAAACGGACUAUACUCAUUUUAAGCGACGUCGCGGCCAUUGUAGUGACGAUAAUCUGUCUAGUGGUGCAUUAAUAGUGUGUUAUUGCUUGUCGCUUUUGUAGCGUAGUACUUCGAACACUUCGCAGGAACGGGCUACCAAAGUAGUGUCAAAAUGGCGGCGUGUGAAGGUUCUGCGAGUGCAAAUCCGAAUUGCGAAGUGGUGCGCGGACAAACAUUUGAGGUCGGUCCGCGUUACACAAAUCUGUCAUACAUGGGCGAAGGCGCUUACGGCAUGGUCGUGUCUGCCUAUGAUAACGUAACCAAAACAAAAGUAGCUAUCAAAAAAAUUUCUCCAUUUGAACAUCAAACAUAUAGCCAGAGAACUUUAAGAGAAAUAAAAAUCCUUACGAGGUUUAAACACGAGAAUAUAAUAGAUAUAAGGGAUAUAUUAAGAGCGCCUACUAUAGAGCAAAUGAAAGACGUAUAUAUCGUUCAAUGUUUGAUGGAAACUGAUCUCUACAAAUUAUUGAAGACACAGGCUAUUAGUAAUGAUCACAUAUGUUAUUUUCUGUACCAAAUAUUGCGAGGGUUGAAAUACAUACACUCAGCAAAUGUAUUACAUAGAGAUUUGAAGCCAAGUAAUUUAUUAUUGAAUACCACUUGUGACCUUAAGAUCUGCGACUUUGGUUUAGCGAGAGUUGCGGACCCGGAACACAAUCAUGCAGGUUUUCUCACAGAAUAUGUAGCAACAAGAUGGUACCGAGCUCCAGAAAUUAUGCUUAAUUCCAAGGGCUACACUAAGUCUAUUGACAUUUGGUCAGUUGGUUGCAUUUUAGCAGAAAUGCUCUCAAGACGAGCGAUAUUCCCCGGCAAACAUUAUCUAGAUCAAUUGAAUCAUAUUCUCGGUGUUCUUGGUUCACCUUCCUCGGAGGAUCUUGAGUGCAUUAUAAACGAAAAAGCACGUAAUUACCUACAAUCUUUGCCUUAUAAACCAAAAGUACCGUGGACAAGUCUCUUUCCUAAUGCUGAUCCAAGAGCUUUGGAUCUCCUAGAUAAAAUGCUGACAUUUAAUCCCAAUAAACGUAUCGUAGUGGAAGAUGCACUUGCGCAUCCCUAUUUGGAACAAUAUUACGAUCCUGCCGAUGAGCCUGUGGCAGAAGAACCGUUUAGGUUUGACAUGGAAUUAGAUGAUCUUCCAAAAGAAGUAUUGAAACAGUAUAUUUUUGAAGAAACUAUAUUGUUUCAAAAUCGUCAAGAGAAUACUAUAUAGUCAACUGCAUAUCAUUGCCGAAAUUACAAUAGCAAAUAUACGUAAUAAACAAAACGCUGAUAAAAAAAUAAGUAAAACAGCGAAAUUAUAAAGAGGUAUAAAGAGAGCAUUUCAGCGAUCGUUUACCAUUUUAAUAAUUAUCAAGAAGAAAGAAAAAUGUGCUAGGUAAAAGAGGAAAAAAAGUAUCGAUAAACAAUUAGUUAAGUGAUCAACAAACAAUUAAUCGAUCAAUUAUUCGAGUGAGUAAAAACCGCAGCGUCCGCGCAUACAUUUGUACACUCUUCGCAUACUCUUACUGGGAAAAAAAAAAGUAGUAUUUCUCAUACAUUAUACCGAGAACAACAUAAUAUCAAUUGAUAUGCAGAUAUUAAUAUAGUUCUUUCAGAUAUAAAUAUUAAAAAUAAUAUCUCAAAUGCACACAUGAGUGCUAAGUAUAUAUUUUAUGCGUUCUGAGCACGGUUAAGAUAAUCUGCUAUUCCGGUAUUACGUAUCAAACAGCGUCAAAUGUAAACAAUAUCAAGCGUAAAAUGCUUUGAGCAUUAAUAUUUAUAUCUUGAAGAAACUUUAUUAAUAACCGGUCUGUGUACGAUUUCUCUCUUUAUUUAUCGUUAUUGUAUUAUAUCGGACUACUGUACCGCGCGCGUACCGUCUGUGAUUUAAUUGUAAAUUGUGUGGCAAAAUAUGUAACGCUGUCUUCGUUCCAUUUUUGUUUCUUAAAUUCCGUUUAUUUUAAAAGCAAAAAGGUUAGAAAAAGAAUACCGUAUACUAGUAUGGUAUAACAGGCAAUACACUUUUUGACUAUUAUGUCUCGAUAUUGUCUGUCAAGGUAUCUGAACUAUCGGCAUCAAAUAUUUUCCUCGCAAUUUGGACUCUUAUAACCUCUAUAUUAUUUAUUUUAUAUUAUAUUUUCAUCUCUUGUGUAUGGGUGAGAGCGCGCGCGCGUGUAUGAAUAUGUAUGUAUGUGUGUUUAACAAAACUUCGUUUGGUAUUUAAUGUAUCUUUGAUAGUCUAUCGCUAUAGCGAAUAUGACUCGUAAGCACCACGGUCGACGUAUCUCUAUAUGAGGAUAAUAGAAUAAAAUUUAUGUUAAAAAGAAGAGGAAAAAUCAGAAGGCAGAGAAAGGAAUAUGAUUUUCUAAGCUUCCUAAUAAUUAUGCACAAGAAUAAUAACAUAUGAAUAAAGAAAUUCUUUUACCUAUAA